AAUGAAAGCGUGUAGCGUCCUGUAACUUCCAUUCUCAUCUUGGACCAAUAUCUCAAGGUUCUCUCAAAGGGAAAAAGUGUGUGAUUUCGUUAUAGUAGUGCUUACCAAAAGUUUGAACCUUUAGGCUUUAGCAGCCUUUCUUUUCUUCUUUAUUUGAUACAGUAUAUGAUACUUUGUACCCCCAACCCCAAAUACUUAUAAAAUGGGUUUUCCUCUUUCUUAACCACUAACAAAUAACAAACCAAUUUUCCCACCAUUUACUACACUUUUCAGACACAAUACCAUGACACAGUUUUAGAAACAAAAAAGAUAAGAGUUUUUAUACUUUGGUGUUGAACUUGAAGGUGUUUGAUAUAAUGACCAAGGAAGAUGAAGAUGACCCAGAAAAUAAAAGGGCCGUACAAUCUUCAUCAUCUAAAUCUUGUGGGCCGUCUGAUUGGUUGACGAACUUUCAUCGUGAUCUGAUGGCUGGGGCUGUGAUGGGUGGGGUGGUGCACACGAUUGUGGCCCCAAUAGAGAGAGCCAAGCUUUUAUUACAGACCCAAGAGAGCAACUUGGCCAUUGUUGGUGGCACUGGCCGUAGGAGAUUCAAGGGCAUGUUGGAUUGCAUAGUCCGUACUGUUCGUGAGGAAGGCAUUGUUUCUCUUUGGAGAGGCAAUGGGAUCAGUGUUAUUCGGUAUUACCCUUCUGUGGCUCUUAAUUUCUCACUCAAGGAUCUCUAUAAAAACAUAUUAAGAAGUGGACACUUUGAAGAUGGUCAUUUUCUGUCUGGUCCAUCUGCCAAUUUUAUUGCUGGGGCUGCAUCCGGCUGUACAACGUUGAUCUUAAUAUAUCCUCUUGAUAUUGCACACACUCGUCUCGCUGCUGAUGUUGGAAGAACUGAAGUUCGUCAAUUUCGAGGCAUCUACCAUUUCUUGACUACCAUACAUGAAAAAGAUGGGAUUCGAGGGGUUUACCGUGGGCUUCCUGCCUCUCUACAUGGGAUGGUUGUUCACCGUAGCCUUUAUUUUGGAGGCUUUGAUACAAUAAAAGAGAUGUUGUCUAAAGAAUCUAAGACAGAGUUGCCGUUGUGGAAGCGAUGGGUGGUGGCUCAGGCAGUCACAACAUCUGCUGGGUUGUUGUCAUAUCCAUUGGAUACAGUACGAAGGCGAAUGAUGAUGCAAUCUGGCUUGGAACAGCCCAUGUACCAUAGCACCCUGGACUGCUGGAGGAAGAUUUAUAGGAGAGAGGGGUUGGCUUCAUUUUAUCGUGGGGCUCUUUCAAAUAUGUUUAGGAGUACUGGUGCUGCUGCCAUUUUGGUCUUAUAUGACGAGGUGAAGAAGUUCAUGAAUUGGGGUAGAUUAUAGCAGGAAGCAAUUUUUGGUCCGUCAUUUCAACUUAACAAAAGGUUUACAGUGGAUUAAAAUGACGAGAUGAAUAUUACAGGAGGAAUACCUUGUAAAGCGCAAAUGAGAGCUUAUACAGUUUGUGUAACAUGCAGCAAUGACAUUCAUUUGCCAAGUUGCAUUUUGAGGCUCUGGCAACUUACACCUCAAUUUUUUGUUUUAAAACAUUUGUAGUAUUGUCGGAACAGAGGGGAGGGGGGAAAGAAACUGGUUUAUACUAAUUUUUAGUAUAGUUUUAUCACCUUUCUCCCUCUUCCCCUCUACUCUCCCCCAUCUCCCUCCACCCUAACAUAGGGUAAAAAAUCAUCAUGUUUGCAAUCUAAUGUGAAAGUUGCAGUUCUUUUUCUUC